CUCCGCUCCCGCCGGUCCCCGCCCCUCUCCUUCGGCGAUGUGGUGAGAGGGAAGCGCCCCGCGCGCUGCGGCUGUGAGGGGGCGCGGGAGCCCUGUGGCGACAGGACUUCCAGUGAAUGGAGGAAGACACUUCUUACUAGAGAUUUCCCUCGUCUAAAGAUACCAAGUGUUUGGGUUACACGCAGUGGAACAGGAUCGCCAUGUUUCGAAACAGUCUCAAGAUGCUGCUUACUGGAGGGAAGUCAAACCGCAAAAACAGGUCCAGUGAUGGAGGGAACGAGGAGCCACCAGACCGAAGACAGGCAAGUGUAGACUCCCGUCAGAGCCGAUCUGGGCAAGGCACCUCCACAGAGAACGACUGUGCUUUUGAACCAGACUACGCUAUUCCGCCACUCCCAGUGACCGAAGGUAUGCAGCACAUUCGGAUUAUGGAGGGCAUGUCCCGCUCCCUUCCAUCCUCCCCCUUACUCACACAUCAGUCUAUCAGUGUUCGGCUCCAACCUGUGAAGAAGUUAACUGCCCCUUUGAGGAAAGCAAAGUUUGUUGAGAGCCCUCGAAUCCCUGAGUCUGAGCUUGGCUCCCCAACACUUUCUUCAGCACAGAAACUGGACGUUGAUGCAUACUGCCCUGGUGACACUGAGCAGGAGCUGGGACCCCCUCCAUCCGUAGAUGAGGCAGCAAAUACACUCAUGACUCGCCUGGGCUUCCUCCUCGGAGAGAAAGUCACGGAGGUUCAGUCAGGGCCCCAGUACAGCAUGGAGGUGCAGGAUGAGAACCAGAGCUCGGCCGUGACGCAGCGCAUCAGCCCCUGCUCCACGCUCACCAGCAGCACGGCCUCGCCGCCCGCCAGCAGCCCCUGCUCCACGCUCCCGCCCGUCAGCACCAGUGUCACCACCAAGGAUUGCACCUACGGCGCCGUCACCAGCCCCACCUCCACGCUGGAGAGCAGGGACAGCGGCAUCAUAGCUACUUUGACAAGCUACUCAGAAAAUGUGGAACGCACUAAAUAUGGAGGGGAAAGCAGUAAAGAACUUGGAUCUGGAGGAAACCUGAAACCUUGGCAGUCCCAGAAAUCCAGCAUGGAUUCGUGCUUAUACCGCGUGGAUGAGAACAUGACAGCCUCCACCUACAGCCUCAACAAAAUCCCAGAGAGGAACCUGGAGACAGUCUUGUCCCAGUCAGUGCAGUCAAUUCCUCUUUACCUGAUGCCACGGCCAAAUUCUGUAGCAGCCACCAGCUCAGCUCACUUAGAAGAUCUCGCUUACCUGGAUGAGCAGAGGCACACUCCCCUGCGGACCUCCCUGCGGAUGCCGCGGCAGAGCAUGGCCGGUGCCCGCGCACAGCAGGACCUGAGAGUGCGCUUUGCACCCUACAGACCUCCCGACAUCUCUCUGAAGCCACUGCUCUUCGAGGUGCCCAGCAUCACCACCGAGUCCGUCUUUGUUGGCCGGGACUGGGUGUUCCAUGAGAUAGAUGCCCAGCUCCAGAGCUCAAACGCCAGCGUCAACCGAGGCGUCGUCAUCGUGGGGAAUAUCGGCUUUGGGAAAACCGCCAUCAUCUCCAGGCUGGUGGCGCUCAGCUGCCACGGCACACGGAUGAGGCAGAUCGCUUCUGAUAGCCCCCAUGCCUCCCCGAAGCAUGUGGAUGCAAACCGAGAGCUGCCCUUGACCCAGCCACCCUCUGCCCACUCGUCCAUCACCAGCGGGAGCUGCCCCGGGACCCCCGAGAUGCGCCGGCGCCAGGAGGAAGCCAUGAGGAGACUCGCGUCACAGGUCGUUGCUUAUCACUACUGCCAGGCUGACAAUGCCUACACCUGCCUGGUGCCGGAGUUUGUGCACAACGUGGCCGCGCUGCUCUGCCGCUCGCCCCAGUUCGUCGCCUACAGGGAGCAGCUCCUGCGAGAGCCCCACCUGCAGAGCAUGCUGAGCCUGAGGUCCUGCGUGCAGGACCCCAUGGCCUCCUUCCGCAGGGGAGUCCUGGAGCCCUUGGAGAACCUGCACAAAGAGAGGAAGAUCCCUGAUGAAGAUUUCAUUAUAUUAAUUGAUGGUUUAAAUGAGGCUGAAUUUCACAAGCCAGAUUAUGGAGACACCAUAGUAUCAUUCCUGAGCAAGAUGAUCGGGAAAUUCCCUUCCUGGCUGAAGCUGGUAGUGACAGUCAGGACAAGUCUACAGGAAAUAAUUAAGCUGUUGCCCUUCCACAGAAUAUUUUUGGAUAGACUGGAAGAGAAUGAAGCUAUAGACCAGGACCUGCAGGCAUAUAUCCUUCAUCGGAUACACAGCAGCUCGGAGAUCCAGAACAACAUCUCGCUCAACGGCAAAAUGGACAACACUACGUUUGGCAAACUCAGUUCUCACCUCAAGACCUUGAGCCAAGGAUCCUACCUGUACCUAAAACUCACUUUUGAUCUCAUCGAGAAAGGAUACCUAGUACUAAAAAGCUCCAGCUACAAAGUAGUGCCAGUGUCUCUGUCAGAAGUUUACCUAUUGCAGUGCAAUAUGAAGUUCCCAACGCAGUCUUCCUUUGAUCGGGUUAUGCCUCUCUUGAAUGUGGCAGUGGCAUCUCUGCAUCCAUUAACAGAUGAACAUAUUUUUCAGGCCAUUAAUGCAGGUAACAUUGAGGGCACUUUGGAGUGGGAUGACUUUCAGCAGAGGAUGGAGAACCUUUCUAUGUUUCUUAUCAAACGUAGAGAUAUGACGCGAAUGUUUGUUCAUCCCUCUUUCCGCGAAUGGCUUAUUUGGAGAGAAGAAGGUGAAAAGACCAAGUUUCUUUGUGAUCCUAGGAGUGGCCACACAUUACUUGCCUUCUGGUUUUCCCGUCAAGAAGGAAAACUGAAUCGACAGCAGACUAUUGAACUGGGACAUCACAUUCUCAAAGCACAUAUUUUUAAGGGGCUGAGUAAAAAAGUGGGGGUAUCUUCCUCCAUCCUGCAAGGGCUUUGGAUCUCCUACAGUACGGAAGGUCUUUCCAUGGCUUUGGCAUCUCUGAGGAAUCUCUACACCCCAAACAUAAAGGUCAGUCGGCUGCUGAUUCUGGGAGGUGCAAACGUGAAUUACCGCACUGAGGUUCUCAACAACGCCCCUAUUCUUUGUGUCCAAUCUCACCUGGGCUACACUGAGAUGGUGGCUUUGCUCUUGGAGUUUGGGGCCAACGUAGACGCUGCUUCGGAAAGCGGCCUCACUCCUCUUGGCUACGCGGCUGCUGCUGGAUUCCUGAGCAUCGUUGUGCUGCUCUGCAAGAAACGGGCUAAGGUGGAUCAUUUGGACAAGAACGGUCAAUGCGCUCUGGUUCACGCUGCUCUCAGAGGACACUUGGAGGUGGUGAAGUUCUUGAUCCAGUGUGACUGGACCAUGGCUGGGCAGCAGCAGGGAGUGUUUAAGAAGAGCCACGCCAUCCAGCAGGCCCUGAUCGCUGCAGCCAGCAUGGGUUACACCGAGAUUGUCUCCUACCUGCUCGAUCUUCCAGAAAAAGAUGAAGAGGAGGUGGAGCGAGCUCAGAUCAACAGCUUUGACAGCCUGUGGGGAGAGACAGCUCUGACGGCAGCAGCCGGGCGAGGGAAGCUGGAUGUGUGCCGGCUCCUCCUGGAGCAGGGAGCUGCUGUGGCACAGCCCAACCGCCGCGGGGUCGUUCCGCUCUUCAGCGCUGUCAGACAGGGCCACUGGCAGAUUGUAGAUCUCUUGCUCACGCACGGUGCCGAUGUGAACAUGGCAGAUAAGCAGGGCCGGACACCACUGAUGAUGGCUGCAUCUGAGGGACAUCUGGGCACAGUGGAGUUUCUGCUUGCACAAGGUGCUUCUAUUUCUCUGAUGGACAAGGAGGGUUUGACAGCCCUCAGCUGGGCUUGUCUGAAAGGACAUCUCUCCGUGGUGCGGUCCCUGGUGGAGAAUGGUGCUGCCACCGACCAUGCGGAUAAGAACGGACGCACUCCCCUGGACCUGGCAGCGUUCUACGGCGAUGCAGAGGUGGUUCAGUUUCUGGUGGACCAUGGGGCCAUGAUUGAGCACGUUGACUACAGCGGGAUGCGCCCCCUCGACAGGGCAGUGGGGUGCCGCAACACCUCGGUCGUCGUCACUCUCCUGAAGAAAGGAGCAAAGAUAGGUUGUCAGACGUUACCGAGUCGCCCACGAGGUCCAGCAACAUGGGCGAUGGCAACCUCCAAACCAGACAUCAUGAUCAUCCUCUUGAGCAAGCUGAUGGAAGAGGGAGACAUGUUUUAUAAGAAAGGUAAAGUGAAAGAGGCUGCCCAGCGCUACCAGUAUGCCCUGAAAAAAUUCCCAAGGGAAGGGUUUGGAGAAGACCUGAAAACCUUCCGUGAGCUGAAGGUCUCGCUCCUGCUCAACCUGUCCCGAUGUCGAAGGAAAAUGAACGAUUUUGGAAUGGCGGAGGAAUUUGCUACUAAAGCACUGGAGUUGAAACCGAAAUCUUACGAAGCUUACUAUGCAAGAGCAAGGGCCAAACGCAGCAGCAGGCAGUUUUCAGCAGCCCUGGAGGACCUGAACGAGGCCAUCAAGCUGUGUCCCAACAACCGGGAGAUCCAGCGGCUGCUGAUGCGGGUGGAGGAGGAGUGCAGGCAGGUCCAGCAGCAGCAGCAGCAGCCGCCGCCGCUCCCGGUGGAGCCUGAACCUGAAGCCCAGCACGAAGAGCUCUAUUCUGUGCAGGACAUCUUUGAGGAGGAGUACCUGGAGCAGGAUGUAGAAAACGUUUCCAUUGGCUUGCAGACAGAGUCCAGGCCAAACCAAGGGCUGCCCAUCAUCCAGAGCCCACCCCCAUCCCCGGCUCACAGGGACUCAGCCUAUAUUUCUGGCUCACCCCUUGGCUCUCAUCAGGUCUUUGAUUUCAGGUCCAAUAGCUCUGUGGGUUCACCAACCAGGCAAGGGUACCAGUCCACAUCUCCUGCUCUGUCUCCUACGCACCAAAACUCACAUUACAGACCCAGUCCUCCACACACGUCCCCUGCUCACCAGGGCUCCUCUUACCGCUUCAGCCCACCGCCUGUUGGAAGCCAAGGGAAGGAAUAUCAAAGCCCGCCACCUUCUCCUCUUCGCAGAGGUCCUCAGUAUCGCGCCAGCCCCCCGGCAGAGAGCAUGAGCGUUUACAGGUCACAGUCUGGUUCCCCUGUUCGUUAUCAGCAAGAACCCAGCGGGGUCAACCAGCUCCCUGGUAGACCAAAGUCUCCGUUGUCCAAGAUGACGCAAAGGUCCUUCCAGAUGCCCCAGCUCCCUGUGGCCGUGCCGCAGCAGGGGCUGAGGCUGCAGCCAGCCAAGGCACAGAUUGUGAGGAGCAACCAGCCCAGCUCAGCUGUCCAUUCCAGUACUGUAAUCCCAACCGGUGCUUACAGCCAGGUUGCCCACUCGAUGGCCAGCAAGUACCAGUCAGCGUCAGGGGAAAUGGGGGUUAGCCAGAGCAGGUUGGUCUACCAGGGCUCCAUCGGGGGCAUCGUUGGUGACAGCAGACCAGUGCAGCAUGUUCAGGCGAGCCUGAGCGCAGGAGCCAUCUGUCAGCACGGAGGACUGGCCAAAGAAGACCUUCCACAGAGACCAUCCUCAGCAUACAGGGGGGGGAUGAGGUAUAGCCAGACGCCGCAGAUAGGGCGAAGCCAGUCCGCUUCCUACUAUCCAGUGUGUCACUCAAAGCUUGACUUGGAACGUUCUCCCCUCCCCGCCAGCCAGCUGGGCUCUCCGGAUGUGUCUCAUCUCAUAAGAAGACCCAUCACCGUUAACCCCAGUGAAAUCAAGCCUCACCCACCGACUCCAAGGCCCCUGCUUCACUCUCAGAGCGUUGGCCUCCGCUUCUCUCCCUCCAGCAAUAGCAUCUCCUCCACGUCCAACCUGACUCCCAACUUCCGCCCUUCCGCUUCGAUUCAGCAAAUGGAGAUUCCUCUCAAGCCAGCUUACGACAGGUCUUGCGAUGAACUCUCACCGGUCUCUCCCACUCAGGGGGGUUAUCCCAGUGAGCCAGCCCGUUCCCGGACCACGCCGUUCAUGGGAAUCAUAGAUAAAACCGCUCGGACUCAGCAGUACCCCCAUCUCCAUCAGCAGAGCCGGACCUGGGCUGUGUCAUCAGUGGACACUGUCAUUAGUCCUACGUCUCCUGGCAAUCUCCCCCAGCCAGAAUCAUUUAGCCCGCCUUCUUCAAUCAGCAACAUUGCCUUUUAUAACAAAACCAACAAUGCACAGAAUGGCCAUUUGCUAGAGGACGACUAUUACAGCCCCCAUGGGAUGCUGGCCAAUGGGUCCCGGGGAGACCUCCUGGAGAGAGUCACCCAAGCCUCCUCGUAUCCCGACGUCAAGGUGGCAAGGACGCUGCCUGUGGCGCAGGCCUACCAGGACAACCUGUACAGGCAGCUCUCCAGGGACUCCAGGCAAGGGCAGACAUCCCCAAUCAAACCAAAGAGACCAUUUGUGGAGUCUAAUGUGUGAAAGACGCUUGUUGGAGUAAGACCCUCAUGUUUUCAGCACACACACUUCCAAGCUUGAUUUCCAUGCAUAUUAUUAUUAUUAUUAUUAUAUUAUUCUGAUGAUUAUGAUUUCUCUUUGGUAGCUACAUGACCAAGUUUCUCCGGUACUUUGUGUGGUGGUCAGACAGCCAUGCACAUGCUCCAGCCCUUUCGUUCCCCAGCUGACCGUGAAGCCAACAGCAGCCGAGCCAGUAUGGUUUGCCCAAUUCCAGCUAAGUUUCCAGCCGGGAUACCUUAGUGCGUGGGGCGGGGUGGCCCCGACUCUCCCCUCCGCAGCGGGAGGUAACCAAGAGACAAUCGCGUUCUAUUUAAGUUGGUUUCUUUUGUCUUGAUGAGCUCUUAACUCAAUUGUGAUGGGCAUUCCUAGCGGGAGCAGAGCAGGGAUCACAGGAGCCUUUCCCAAGGCUGCAUCCUUGGGAAUGUCAGCCAGGUCAUUUGACUCUUUGCCCCUCAAAGAGCAAAUUACCCACAGCGAGCAAGGGCACGAUGUGUUUUGACACCGAGUAGCUAUGCACAAUCACCAUCCUGCUUCAGCUGGUGUAGAGCAUUUCAAUCCGAAUUGGAUUCAGUGGAUUCCUGCACUAUUUAAUCCAGCAGCAGCCAGAAGGGGUGGGAUCACACUGUGCUCUGCUGCUUUGCAAACUACCUGCUGGGUGCCUCCGCACUGAUUUGCUCUGGGGCAUUUUAAAGGCACUGGUUGAUUAGAGUUAGCCCUUUGUAUGCCUUGGAAUCAGCAAGGGACUUGGCCAGAAACCUCUUGCAUGUGAGCUGGGAUGGCAACACUUAACUCGGUGAGCGGACGACUGCACCUCACACACAGCACCAUGUUUCCACUGGGACAGUUUGAUGUUGGGGGUUUCAUUUGGUGGGUUUUGCAAGGAAGAACAAAAAAAAUCUCGCUUAGAAAAUGGGAUUUGAGCAGGAAAAUUGCAAAUUUUAAUGCUUUAUUAUGUAUUGCUUUGAUGAUGAGGCUGCAUGAUGUGGCAUGAUGGUUCCCGGGACAGGAAGGCUCCUUCUGCAAACCCACCUGGGCAGCAUCUCCUGAGAGCCGGUGCCGUAGCAAGGGAUGCACUCCAAGAUCCAUUCCCAAAACCUUGGAAAGCAGUUGCCAUGUUCCAUACGUGUACAUGGUGGAGACCACAUUCUCCUUUUUAAGGAGCUGGAGUUAAAAGAGAGCUAUUUAUAAUUUAUUUAUGUGAUCCGUUUGUUUAGGUUGGUUUUCCUAUUUUUUUUUGAGUCGAAUGCAAAUCCCAUUGGACGGUGGGAAAAGAGGGAGCGGUUCCAGGAUCUGUUUUCCUGGGAUUUUCCAUAAUCUGUCAAUUUUUCUCUGACUUUUUUUUUUGAGGGGGGGAACUCUUUACAGACUCAUUGGCUGCUGGUGGGUUUGAAAUCUGCCUUUUCAGUCGCAGAGAGGGAAGGGUGGGAUGAAGGAGGGGGAGAGCGAUAACUGUAGCUUGUUUUAAAGCAAAAUAGUGCCUGUUGCCUGAUGCUGAACCUCCCUCGUAUCAGCUCUUGAGAGUGAUGUCAGUGCUGAGCAGGAGUUGGAGUGUUUCCAAAGGGCUAUGCGAAUAGAUUGCAAGACUUCUCGAGCCAAACCAUGGGGUCCAGCCUGGUGUAAAUGAGCAGAUCCCCAGCGCCACAUCCGUGCAGCUCCAUCCAUUUACAUCAGCUCAGGACUUGGUCUGAAACUCUUCAAGCUGGCUUCAGUGGGGUUAUUUCGGUGUCUUUCUGUGUGUGGAUCAGCACAUCUCACUGCUGUCCUGUGCCUGGGAUGCGCACGCCUUGGGGUGACAGAGGCUUGUGUCUCACAGACAUGUUUCCUCUAUAGGCUUUGGUGAUUUUGGUGCUCUUUGGGGCUCUUUGGUGUUUGUCCAGUGGAUUUGGAUUGAGGUCACUGUUUUCUUUCUCGAGGUGCAUCCCAGUGCUGACUGUUUGCUUCCUUGCAGGGCUCUGUAGAGCAGGGAGGUAAGACUGGGAGACCCCUUGGUAGGGCAGGCUCCCCGUGGCUGUGGGGACAUGCAGCUCCUUGCACUGUUCCCCUCCUUGCAAAGGGGGUGUGAUGGGCUUUUUCGUUCCUUUCCUCUCUGUUUUGAAGCAACAUGUUCUGCUUCGUAAGGAAUAACCCAUUUCUUCUCUGCACACAGUGCACCUAUAGCUAGGACAUGCCUAUCCAUGGGUCUGGAGUAGUCGCUUUGCUCAAUGCCUCCCAUCCUCCAGCUUUCUGAGCCACUGAGUAGCUUCCUCCUUUAGUUGCUUCUUUGAAAGGGAAAGGUAACCAAAUUCAGCCCCACCCCUGUUCACAUCCAGGCGAGGUUCUCUCCACUGGGAUGCAAACGGGAUGAUGCGGGAGCAGUGAUGGAGCCUAUGCCUUGCUUUCCCUAUUCAUUGCCUCGUGCUCCCGGUACUGUCCUGGAGCAUCCCCUCACAGCACUUCUGUGUGUAGCUUUUGGGUUGGUGAAGAUGUUCUAAGGGAAAAAGACAGCAGCUCACACUUGUAACACAACCACCAAGCUGCAGGAAGGCUUCAGUGCUGCAGUGUGCAGGUUUGUUCACAAUAGCACGUGCUCACAUUUCUCACAGGAUUCUUGCACUAAUGGUUUUCCAUCUGUUCUCUCUGUAAAUGGGUGCACUUUACUGUUUGUUACUAUGAGAAAUACUGGCUAUUUAAGCGUGAGUAGUGUCUUCAUUAGAGAAAUAGCAAAGCAGCUCUUGUCUCUUUGUGUAUUUUUCACAAAGGAGGAAAAAAAGCAAAGAAACAAAGCAAUGAAUCUGACCAUUUAUAGCACAAGAACUGACUCUUGUAUAUAAGCAUCAACAGGUUGAGUAAGUUUUACCUACAAAAUGAUUUGCAGUGGCUUUAAAGCACUUCCCCAGCAAUCCUGUUAGGGAGGGUUGAGGCAGGGUGGCUGCUGUGGUACCCAGGUGAAUAAGGAGCACACCCCUCCCUGGAAAAGCCAUUCCCUGUGUCCUCAAAGUCAGGCUUUGGAUUUGGCAGGGAGGAAAAGCAGAGGUGGUGCUGUGCUGUGCUGUUGUGCGUGGUCCUGUUGUGCAGCGCGCUGUUGUCCACGUGGCUCAGUGGAGCUCACUGAUGUCCCUUCCCCUUCUCAUCUCGGCUGUCGGUCUGACAGGCAGGCUGUGCUGGGGAGCACGUGCAGAGUUUCAGACACAGUGCUGCCUUCUCCAUCCAUGCUGUGUAUUGAAUUACUCUUGGAGUAAUCCAGAUGUGGGGUGAUGCUGCCAGCAGCGCCUCUGUCCCCUCCCUGGCCGCAGUGGCACCGCUGGCAAGCCCCUGUCUGAGAUUGAGGAGGAUUCUUGGGUGCACCAAGGAAACCAGGUUCUUGAUGACAUGGAAACCUCCAGGUUUGGUUCUUGGGGCGCGUUGGGUGGCGAUGCUGAAGCCGACCCAUGUACUUAGGUGCCCUUCCCACCGGGUGUCUCUCGUCCCCUGCCCACGGCUGGAAUCUUCUCUCCCAGCUUGGGGUGUCCAUGUCUGCCGUGUCCCUCGGUGGGGAUUCACCGGCUCUUGGUCUCCCAGGCUGGGAGGAUGCUGGGACCAGCAUCGGAGGGCUCUGGAAGUGGUUGUCAGUGCUUUGUAAAGGGAGGGUUUUACCAAGACACAUCCCUCAGGAUCGGUCUCUGGAGGCGAAGGCACCGCACAGCCUGAGCCGCCUGCUCCGCAUCACUGCUGGGAAGGGCACAGGCUGUGCCAGCCAAGAUGCUGUCUGUCCAUCCAUCCAUCCCUCCGUCCAUCCGGUGCCCGCAGGUGGGUCCAUCCGAGCACUGGACCUUUGGGGGUGUUUUCCUUUAACCUGGCUGUAAAGGAAAACUUCUUGGUGAGUGUGAGCACCGCGUGUGCGGGUGACGGACGCCUCAGCCACGCUUGGGUUAGGUCUGGAGCCAGGCUGGCUGCAGGGACCCUGUCCCCUCCUGCAAAGGCCGCUGCAUAUUCAGGGUGACCCAGAAGAAGCCGAGCUCAAACCCAAGUGCCAGCUCCGCCUUACCUAGAGAAACAAGCAAGCCAGUGUGCCUCCUCUUCCUCGCCAAGGGGGGUCCGCAGCGAGCUGAGGCAAGCUCUUCGCUGGUUGUACUUUGCUUUUAGCCUUGGGAAUUCAGGAUAGCUCCUCUGUUAAUGGUGUUUAACCAAGGGCUUAGGGGAAGAGCUGUGGUACCUGCCGGGACCUCUGCGGAUAAAUGCCUUCACCCCGUGCUGGUUGCUCUGUGUGGGUGCACGUUGGACACAAAGCACAAUGGUUGAGAGUGAAUCUGUGAUUUUAUUUUUCAGAUGUGUGUGAAUAAUUGCUGGGAUUUUCCUUUCUUUGCGUUCAAUCAAACUCUUUUUUCUAAUACAAACCACUAAGGGCUCAAUUCUUUAGCAAGAUGCAUUCGUGUCCAACUCCUGACUGUGCAGCUGGAUCCCACCUCAACUCUUACAGCCCGACCCGAGGGAAAACACAGCGCGACCGUCACCGGGAGAGCCAGCAGAUACCAAACCCACCCGCUGCAUCCUUCCCUCCUGCUCAUUUCCUACCUGUCACCGUACUGGGGAGGCAGCAGCCAGGUCCACUCCUCCGGGAUCGCAUCCCAUGGCUGCUGUGCCAAAAGACUUUGUCCCUUCCGGGUGAUGCUGGGUGGGUUGGAAGCCCCAUGCCCAGGGACUGGGUCGCUGCCUCGCUGUGCUCUAACAGAGCCCGGGAGCAGCGCCGUGCGCCAUGUCAAGCCUGUUCUGUUGCCACUCCGACAACCCAGAGACUCCCGUGGACUCUGCCAGCCCUGUCCAACCAAGCCUUUUCUUUCCCAUAGUGUUGCAUUCAACGUCCUGUCUCCCUCCUGUCUUCACGCCCGCGAGGAGCUGAGUUUGGAACAGACACGUGCAGUACACACACCUUGUGCUUUGUACACCCCCCUGGCUGCCAUCCUCCGAGACACUUGCUGGGAAGAUCUUUAAGACACUUCACCGUUUUCCUUUAGCUUUUCUAUAACUCCGAUGUAAAGGACUUCCUCUCUCUGUACAGUAUAUUAUUCAAUGCAUGUUCUGUUCUCUCUACCGAUAUAUUGAACACCACACAGUUGUGAUAUUGUGCAGUGGGAAGAGCAGCCCCUGCCGACAGCGGAGGCUUUUGCCUCUCAUGUAUAAGGAAAGAAGAAGACAUAUUUUUUCCUUUGCUGUAUUUGCUUGAGCAGAGUUUUCUUGUCUGUACAUGUGAGCUGUGAGAUAGAUGUGAAAAGUUCAAAAGAAUGCAUUUCCCCCCCUCCCCGGCCCCCAAUGUAUACAGGUUGUAAUCUGUACAAUGAAACUGUAUGUAUGAACAAAUGUACUUAUUUAUAAAUGGUUAACACUUGGA